AUGCGCUCAGCGCGGCCCCAUCAACAGCUUCCUCAAGAGACUUACUGUUGUUUCUGCUCGGGGCCAUUGCAAAAUGCGCUUGAUAACUGGGACUGCAACUCCAUCGCGGAUCCAACAAUCGACGAGUCGGUUCCCGCAGAGGUUACCAUUUCGGAACGAGAUGGUGCUGUUUGGGAACAAUGCGUCUGUAUAACACCUGAGGCUCCUGAGACCCGUAUGCUAAUAUACGCCGCCGUCCGCGAUGUCGAUGACUUUCGUAAUGCUUAUGUCGAUGGGUGGGAUGAAGAAUUAAUCGCUGGAGAGGAUAAUCUCUUAAUCCAUCCAGUUUGUCUGGCAUUCAUAUGUCGGCAUAACGACAUAACCGCAAAACAACUAUGGGGGGCCAUUUUCGACCACGACAAUGCCAAAUGGUCACGUACGGGCCAAAUAGACGGUGUCUGUUACUACGAGAUUGAAAAGAGAUGUCAAACCCUCUUCAAUUAUGAUGCAUAUGCAGAAACAUCGCACGAUUUAGGAUGGUUACUAACGAGGCCGACGUGUCUGCCUGCACCAAAAGAGCUCCAGCUUGUGGUCACCAUGGGCCCGGCUUUGGGAUCUGGGCAUAAGGUAUUUGAUAUCCCCGAGUUAUUCGGUUAUAUCCUUCAAUAUGUUAUCGAUGUGCCGCUCGCCGAUAUCGAAUCUGAGCUCAAAGCUAACCUACCCGAAAUCCACCAGCCCAAAGCCAGCCGUAGGAUAUUCGAAGCUCCAUCGGCUAUUACCGCAGCCAAAAUCCUGCUUUCCCUAGUCCAAGUCAAUCGAUCAUUCUAUCACGCGAUAGUGAGCAUCCGACAAGAUCUCUUUUUGCAAGCAAUGCAGAACUUUGGAUGGAUGCUUCCCUUCACACCAGCCGAUUGGAUUGAUAGCGAGUGGCCGGAUACGGUUCUAAGAGGCAAAGCUGUUCCGAUGGGUCCCACCAUUGACUGGCGUGCUUAUAUGCUGGAUUGCCUCUGCAAGAGGACUCCGGGCAUUCGUAACCGAUGGAGGUUACAUAAGGUGGCAGUACAGUUUGCUCACUAUCGGGAAGCAGGAAGCUUAGCGUUCAAACCUGAUUUGAAAAGGGCGGAAGCAAAAGGUUGGGAGGUUGGUGUACGCUGGUGGUAA